UAGCAAACUGACCAAUUAGACGACAGAAAGAAAUAGGCGGCAUAUAUCUGACGUCAUGCAUAUUGAUGAUGGAAAAAAAAACCUAGAGAAUAUCUGUCAGGGAUUUCAUGUUUGUCUUGGUCAGUGGUCAGAAUGUCAUAUGACAGCGACGAUGGAUCUCGAAUCAACCAGUUCAAAAACAAAGGGAAGGAUGCGAAUGAGCUCAGACGCAGGAGAGCGGAAGUCAAGGUGGAGCUCCGAAAAGCAAAGAAAGAUGAGCAGAUCCUGAAGAAAAGGAAUGUUGACAGUCUCUUGGAUGAGCCGUCUGCACCUGAAGAUUCAAAUACACAGCCACCUCAGAGCUGGUCUGUGGAGCAGAUCGUAGAAUGUAUAAACAACCAGAACCCACAUCUCCAGCUGCAGGCCACACAGGCAGCCAGAAAACUUCUCUCCAGAGAAAAACACCCCCCUGUGAGAAAAAUGAUUGAUGCUGGCAUCAUCACAAGGUUUGUUGACUUCCUGGCAUGGUCGGAAUGUCCUCCCAUCCAGUUUGAGGCAGCUUGGGCCCUGACCAACAUUGCCUCGGGUACCUCGUACGAGACCACCGUUGUAGUGGAAGCAGGAGCCAUCCCAGCCUUCAUCAAUCUGAUGUCUUCGCCCAACCUGCACAUAAGUGAACAGGCCAUUUGUGCCCUGGGUAACAUUGCAGGUGAUGGAUCCAACUUCAGAGACCUUGUGAUUAAACAUGGUGGACUCCGCAGGAUCCUGGCCAUUCUGGCAACCCCUGACCUGUCUCUGUUUCCUCUUAACUUCCUGCGUAGUAUUACCUGGAUGCUGUCCAACCUAUGUCGGAACAAGGAAUCAGCCCCUCCUUUGACAGCAGUGCAACAGGUGCUCCCCGCCCUGCUACGUCUCCUGCACCAUGACGACAGUGGGAUCCUGGCAGACACCUGUUUGGCUUUGUCCUACCUGACUGAUGGCUCCAAUGAAAGAAUAGAGGUGGUGUUGCAGGCUGGCCUGGUGCCUCGCCUCAUACAGCUUCUUGCCUGUGAUGAGCUAUCUAUUUUGACUCCAGCCCUGAAGGCAGCUGGCAACAUUGUGACUGGGACCGAUGAGCACACACAGCAUGUUCUGAAUGCAGGUGCCCUAAUGAUAUUCCCUGACCUGCUGCGUCACCGCAUGACCAACAUCCAGAAAGAAGCAGCCUGGACAGUGUCCAACAUCACAGCUUGCAAGAGCUCCCAGAUCCAGGAGGUUAUUAAUGCAGGACUGAUUCCCAUUCUGGUGGAGAUCCUCAACAAGGGGGACUUCAGGACUCAGAGGGAGGCAGCAUGGGCUGUUGCCAAUUAUGUCAGUGGUGGAACAGUUGAGCAAGUGGCCUACCUCAUCAGCUGCAGUGUGCUGGGGCCUCUGCUCAACCUACUGAAUGCCAAAGACAGCAAGAUUGUCUUGGUCAUCCUGGACACAAUCCACAAUAUAUUACAAGUGGCACAAGAAGAUGGUGAGGCUGAGAGACUGUGCCUUAUAAUUGAAGAGUUGGGUGGUUUGGAAAAGAUCGAAUCACUGCAGUCCCAUGAGAACGAAGCUGUCUACAGGUCCUCUUUCAACACUAUCCACAGAUUUUUCUCUGAAGAGAAAGAAAAUGUGUCUCCUAAGGCUACAGAAGAGUGCUAUUCCUUCCCGAUCCCCGAUGAACAAAUCUCUUUCAAGUUUUAAUAUGCCUAGUUUGCUGUUUGUAACAUAAUUUAUAUAUAUUUUUUGUUUACUUUGUUUUUAUAUUUGCUUUUGUAGAUAUUUGUCUUUGUAUCUAACAGACAAAGCUGGAUACAAAUAUUUGUUAUAAUAAAUAUC